AAAUGCAUCUUUUGGCGUCAAAAUGGCCGACAGUUGUCAAAACAGGUUCACAGCUGCCAAUAUUUUUUGAUUAUACCGUUACAUGUAAUGAUGACAACCUUAAAUACAGUGGCAGCGUCAUCAGCGUUUGAAUCGCAAUUGAAAACAUUAUGUCUUUUGGAAUUUCCAUGUGGUGCAGGCUCAUGGAGAAAAAAAAAUACUUGUAAUGAUCAACUAAAUCAACCUAAAAAACAGAAAUCGGUGAAAAAAAUUGAAAAUGUAGAGAGCUGUUUUUCUGUUACAUUAAAAGAUUAUGGAGCAGAUACAGAGAAAACUGAAACAUUACAAGAAUAUGUUGGUUCGAAGUUUUCUCCAUGGCAUCUGGAUUACAGUUGGAGUGAUGAAGCCAAACAGUUAAGAGAACUGGCUGUUAAAUCUCCAUGGUUGAUAGAUGAUCACUUUGUUUCAAAUUAUUUUAAAACAUUAAGAAUUAUAGAUAAAAAAGUAACUGAAUUAGAUGAAAAUUUAUUAGAGUUUAAUAAUUUAGAGGACCUGACAUUGAGUGCAAAUUUUAUAAAAACAGUAAAUUCCCGAAAUCUACCCCCAUCAAUACAGAUUUUAGAAUUAUGUGCUAAUCAGAUACAAGAUUUAUCAUCUUUAUGUAUUAAACCCCCACCUUGCUUAAGUCACCUAGGUUUAGGUUAUAAUAAAGUAUCUUAUAUUGGUGAUUAUAUUACUGGUGAUAACUGGCCAUGUCUUCUGUCUUUAGAUUUGAGUAACAAUAAUCUUAGUGAUUUACUGGAUGUUGUAAGAAAACUAGGCACACUUCCAAAAUUACGUAACUUGGUCUUACAAGGAAAUCCAUUAGCAUUUAUUCCUGGAUAUAGAGGCUACAUUAUAGACAGUUUAAGAAAAUUAUCAAUAUUAGAUGAUUUACUCAUAUCAGCUGAUGAAAGACAUCAUUAUAAAGGCCUGGCUAGAAGAAGGGAAUAUAUAUUGGAUGAAGCGAAGAUCAAUCUCUCUGUUUCUUAUGUUAAAGGAAUACCAGUUCCAGAAGAAAUAAAGAAUCCAGAAGAACAGCCUGAGUUUCCAGUAAUAGAAAGAAGAUAUUAUAUAGAGUUUAACUUUUUACAAGAUACCAGUGGUAGAAAUGAGAUUUGUUUAUUUGCACCAGAGGAUGAUAUAACAGAAAUAUCAACACAGUUAGAAUCAUCUAGACAUGAUGUUCAGUCGGUUUUGCAAUCUGAAAUUGUUGGUGACAGUGAUCACCUAGAAGAAGAAGAAAUAGAAGAAGCAGGAAUUGUGGAAAAAAAUGUCUAUUUUAACAGUAAACCAGAUUUAAAGAAUUUAGAAACUGCAAGAGAUUUGUACUCAGGUGUAGGAGAUACUUUACCACCAGAUAAUCAACAACCUAUUGUAGAAGAUGAAAUACGACCACCAUUUAAAUUGUCAUCUAUAAAUACUGAUAAAUUACCCUGGGCUGAAGAACUAGAGUUAAACUGGUCACAAAAUGUUGUUAGAGAUGAUCUCAUUGCUCUCAGAGAUUUCUUUCAACAAGGAAUGGAUUUCUCCAUUAUUGAAGAAAUGGUACUAUGUUAUCCAUUAGAAGAAGAAACUGAUACUGUUGCUACACCUGUUAGUGGUAAAAAGGGUAAAGAUGAUAAAUCAUCAGGUAAAGGUGAUAAGAAAGCGAAGGGAGGAAAACCAGAGAAAGAUGAUGGAAAGAAAAAGAAAAAGAAAGAACCUGAAGUUGAAUUAAAGAAGAUGCCACCACAGCUUUCAACACUAGCAACCUUUCAUGUUCAACUAGAAGAAUUCCUUGAGGGAGAAUUCUCUUUUAAAUCAGUUUAUACCCAGGGUCCGACAGAGCUAGCCUCUACUGUUAAAAGUAUGGAGAUUUCAGAUAAAAAGGAUGGUAAAUCUAAAGAUGUAAAACAUAAGAAGAAACCAGCUUCAGCAAAAGUUAAAGGAAAAGAUAAAGAUGUAAGAAAAGCCAGUGCAAAUAAAAGUGGGAAAGAUGCUGGAGAUAAGAAAGGAAAGGGAAAGUCUACAGCACCACCUGUUGAUGAGGAAGAAGAAGCACUCCCCCAACCUCCUCUAGAAGUUGAAAUCAGUGUAAAUUUACAUCAUUGGAAGACAGCAAUGGAUUCAUUGAAAGAUGAAGAAGAGAAGAAAGCACAGUAAUUUAAUUAUUUAAUGUCAAACUAUUCAUGAUCAAAUGCUACAUCUUUUUUUUUCUUUGUAUAUUUCAUUUGUCAAAAUCUCUUUUAAUGGUUGAAAUAUCGUUUAGGAUUUUAAUAUUUAUUAUUUUGUCAAAACUAAAGCACAGUUAUUUACAAUUUAUAAAGAUUUAUUUAUGAAUACAUGUGUGAUAAACAUGUUUAUUUUUAUGUACAGGUUGCCAUGGUUAUUUAUGGCUAUUGUAUAAAGUGUGAUAUUUAUUAUAAGAUAAUGUGAUAUAAACUGUGAUAAACUAUACUGUAUAAAUUUAUAAUGAAAUAAAGUAUAGUAAUCU